CACUUGAUCAACCUAGUAUAAUGUCUGAUCAACUACAAGACAACAAUGAUAUUAUUGUAAAAGAAGAACUUUCUCAAAUAUAUAGUUCAAAUAAUUUAGAAAAAUUAAAAUUACAUAAUGAAACAUAUAAACCAACAGAUUCUUUAAAUAUAAAAAAUAAAAAUAAAAAAUUAAAAGGAAAAUGUAAAAUUUGUUCUAGUAAUACAAAAGAGUUAAAGGAUUCUUGUGAACAUAUGAAGAACAAAACUAUUAUUAAUGUUCAAGAAUCUUAUCAAUGUAUUGAAUGUGGAAAAUGUUUUAAGUUAAAAGACUCCUUUCUCAGACACAUGAGAAUACAUACAGACGAAAGGCCGUUUACUUGUCAUGUGUGUGGAAAACAAUUUAGAGAUUCUGGUGGUCUUUCUAGGCAUUUAAAAGAUGUACAUGCAAAACUAAAAAAUUUUACUUGCGAUAUAUGUAGCAAAUCUUUCGCAUCAAAAGCUACGAGAGAAGAUCACCGACGAACACAUACUGGAGAAAGACCUUACAUAUGUGAUUCAUGUGGAAAAACAUUUAAAUCAAAAGCUUCUUUAUAUAUUCAUAGUAAAUUGCACACAGAUGAAUUUCCACAUCCAUGCACUUAUUGUAAUAAGAAAUUUCGUAGAAGGCAGGAAAUGUUGGCUCAUGUAACUACUCAUACAGGAGAAAAAAAUUAUGGUUGUGACGUGUGUUCGAAAAGAUUUCGAGUAAAAUCAGAACUUGUUAGACAUAAACUAAUUCACUCUGAAACAAAACCCUUUAUUUGUGUAGAAUGUGGACUUGCUUUUCGACAAAAACGUUAUUUGAAUAAUCAUAUUAAAAGCAGACAUAUUGAAACUUUACGAGCAUGCUAAUAUACUAUUUUAUCAUUUUGCUCUGCAUAGAUAUUUCUUCGAAUUUAUAGUAGGCAGCAAACAUUCAAAUCUGUACAUUUAUUAUUAUUAGUUUUCCAGGCUAUCUCAGAAAUAUUUUUUUGUAUUGUAAAUUGCUCAUCAACAGUAAAUAUUUAAUAAAUUGUAAAAAGUUUAAUUACAAUGAAGAUAGCGAUAUUGAUAAUUGUUAUACAGAUUUAAAUAUCAAUUAGCAUAUUAAAUG